CUGCGAUUGUUCUUUCUCGACUCGUAAAAAUACUGUCAAACCCUCCCGUUCCAAGACACCCCCGAAUAUCUUCCUCUACCUCUACCUCUACCUCUACCCUCGCUAGCCUCCCUCCUUCUCUCUAUAACCGGUCACAACACCAUGCCGCACAAUCCGGAAUGGGUCAAGGCCCUCAAGCCCUCUGGUCCCCAGGGCUCCGAGCUUCUUCAACAGGAGAGAUCAAAAUCGAACCUCAAUGUCGACCAACUCGCAGACUUCAUGUUCACAAGGGAAAUCCUGGAGCGGAACGAAAGACUCCUGAAAAUACUUCAAGCCGAACCAGUCUUUGAUAAGUCCCAGAACUACUUCAGAGGCCGGACAGCUAGGAUAGAGGCUGCACUGGCAAGAGGAAAGAGACUGUACCAACUACAAGUCAAGCACAACUGGACAAGAGAAGAAUUCCAGGCUGCAAAUGAACUGAUCAGCGAGCCUACACCGUAUGGUCUUCAUGCGAGCAUGUUCCUUGUCACACUCAGAGAGCAAGGCACACCUCAACAGCAGAAAAUCUUCCUCGAAAAGGCAGAGGCAUACAAGAUCAUCGGUUGCUACGCCCAAACGGAACUUGGCCAUGGCUCGAACGUGCGAGGACUAGAGACCACUGCAACCUGGAAUCCCGACGACAAGACUUUCACCCUACAUUCUCCUUACUUGACUGCCUCGAAAUGGUGGAUUGGGUCGCUUGGAAAAGUCGCCAACCAUGCCGUUGUUAUGGCUCAGCUUUUCAUCAAUGGCAAGAACUACGGUCCUCACCCAUUCGUCGUCCAAAUUAGAGACCUCAAGACCCACGAGCCACUACCAAACAUCCAUGUUGGCGACAUUGGUCCCAAAUUCGGCUAUAACACCAUGGACAACGGCUUCCUUCUUUUUAAGGGUGUCAAAAUUCCCCACAUCAACAUGCUUGCUCGCUUCUCUAGAGUCGACCCCAACACGAACAAAUACGUCCGGCCAUCGAACCCGUCCCUUAUCUAUGGUACUCUGACUUGGGUCCGUAGCAACAUCGUCCUGCAGUCUGGCUCCGUCCUAGCACGUGGUGUCACCAUCGCCACUCGAUACUGUGCUGUCAGACGUCAGUUCCAGGACCGAGACGCUCCGGCAAAUGAGCCCGGUGAGAAUCAAGUCCUCAACUACACUAUGGUGCAAAUCCGCCUUCUCCCUCUCCUUGCAGCCACCUAUGCCCUCCACUUCACCGGCAGAGGCAUGAUCAACCUGUACUCGGAGAACCAAAAGCGCAUGAACAGCGACGUAGGCAAGCUCUCCGACAGCAAUCGCGCCCCUGGUCCCGAAGAACUUAACCCAGGUACCGAUUUGCUCGCGGAUCUCCACGCCACGAGCUGUGCCUUGAAAGCACUCGCAUCCACAACCGCUGCUGAAGGCCUCGAGAUCUGCCGUCGUGCAUGCGGAGGUCACGGUUACAGUUCGUUCUCCGGCAUCGGGAGCUGGUAUGCCGAUUACCUGCCCACUGUCACCUGGGAAGGCGACAACUACAUGUUGACCCAGCAAGUGUCACGGUACCUUCUCAAAUCAGCUCGAUCAGUCCUCCAGGGCAAGGCCGCGGACAACGACACGACGCGCUUCCUCAAAGAAUUCAUUCGCCGACGAGACAUUGGCGCCGCUUUCGACGUACUUGGCAACGAUCAAGAUCUCGUCGACGCAUUCGCCUGGCGUGUCGCGUUCCUGACCUUCGAAGCCCUCCGCCACCGUGAUGAGGACAAACAAUCCUGGAACUCUCUGCUGGUGGACUUCUGGCGCCUCUCGACCGCUCAUGCCCAGUAUAUGAUUGUCAAGAACUUCCACGAAGCACUGAAUGACAGCAACACGACGAAACAACUCGACCCUGAGACUGUCAAUCUGCUGCAUAAGCUCUUCCAUCUGUAUGCCUUGAACACCCUCGAGCGCGAAGCCUCGGAAUUCUACUCCUGCGCCGCAGUUACCGUGCGCCAGAUCACUCUAGCCCGCACGAAAGCUGUGAUGAAGUUGCUGGAGGAGAUCCGUCCUCAUGCCGUGAGGUUGGUGGACGCAUGGAAAUUCCCAGAUUGGCAGCUCGACAGCUCAUUGGGCCGAUACGAUGGCAAUGUCUACGAGGAUAUGUUCCACCGGGCAAGUGAGGUGAAUCCGUUGAACAGCAUUGUCUUCGACCCGUAUCCCGACUCGAAGGUGCUGUUCAAGAAGGAUGAGCGGACGAAUCUGAGAAGCAAAUUGUAGUCUAUAUACCGUGCAGAGGCAUUGUUCGCACGGAUCUUGUAUGGGAUCAAAAUUGGGUAUCAUUGUUCUUCUUGCGCUGGAACCAACGAUUUCACACCAUCACACCAUUUUGAGAGCACUCGGGACACAGUCCACUUGGAAUUCAGUUCAUGGGGUAUAGAAAAAACAACGAUUCAAAUCCAUUGGCUUCCUGGAGCAUUCUCUGACUGUGACAAGUCACUGUAGCAAUUGGAC